UGCCGAUCCAAUAGUUCCCAGACAGCAUCAGAGGCAGCAUGGAGCUGACAUACGUUCUCUUCCAAGUGGCGGUGGCCCUGCUGGCCAUCGUUACCUACUACCUCCACAAGAACCUUACAUAUUUCAAACGCCGUGGGAUUCCUUUCGAUACUCCGCAUCCUAUCCGCGGAAAUAUGGCUGCGUUUGCCAAAACCAAGAAUAUCCACGAAAUCCUUAGGGAUCACUACAAUAAAUAUCGUGAGAGUAAGGCCCCCUUUGUGGGGUUCUACCUCUUCCAAAAGCCCGCGGCAUUCAUCAUGGACCUGGACCUGGCCAAGCACAUACUCAUCAAGGACUUCUCUAACUUCUCCGACAAGGGAAUAUUUUACAACGAGAAGGACGACCCCAUAUCAGCGCAUCUCUUCAACCUAGACGGUCCCCAGUGGCGUUUGCUUCGCAAUAAACUAUCCUCGACCUUCACAUCCGGCAAAAUGAAGUUCAUGUUUCCCACCGUUGUGUCCGUUGCCAACGAGUUCAUCACGGUGAUUCACGAGAAGGUGAACCAAAACGCUGUCGUGGACAUUCGCGAUCUGGUGGCCAGGUUCACGGUGGAUGUAAUCGGUACCUGUGCCUUCGGAAUUCAGUGCAACAGUCUGCGGGACGAGAAGGCGGAGUUUCUGGACUUUGGAAAGCGAGCUUUGGUGGAGAAACGACAUGGAACCCUGAUUUUGGGCUUCAUGCGAAGCUUUCCCAAUUUGGCCAGGCGAAUGGGCCUCGUGCGCACGGCCCCGCACAUCCAGGAAUUCUACAAGCGGAUUGUUUCCGAAACUGUGGCGGUUAGGGAAAAGGAGAAGAUCAGAAGGAAUGACUUCAUGGACAUGUUGAUCGACAUGAAAAACCAAAAGGAAAUGACUCUGGAGAAUGGCGAAGUGGUCAAGGGACUGACAAUGGAUGAGAUUUUGGCCCAAGCCUUUGUGUUCUUUAUUGCUGGCUUUGAGACAUCUUCCUCUACCAUGGGAUAUGCUCUGUACGAAUUAGCGAAGAAUCCUCAUAUCCAGGACAAGGCCAGGGCUGAAAUAGAGGAAGUUAUGGAGCAGCACGAUCAGGAGUUUACCUACGAGUUCACCAAGGAUCUGAAGUACCUCAAUCAGGUUAUCAAUGAAACUCUUCGCCAUUAUACCAUUGUCCCUCACCUGGACCGCAAGGCCAGCAAGAGCUUCGUGGUUCCUGGCCAUCCUAAUUUCGUCAUUGAGGCCGGCCAAUCGGUGAUCGUUCCCUCAUCUGCCAUUCACCACGAUCCCAGCAUCUAUCCGGAUCCCUAUGAGUUCCGCCCCGAGCGUUUUUCUCCUGAGGAAUCCGCCAAUCGUCCUUCGGUUGCUUGGCUGCCCUUUGGCGAUGGUCCUCGGAAUUGCAUUGGGCUGAGAUUUGGACAGAUGCAGGCUCGCAUAGGACUGGCUCUGCUGAUCAAGAACUUCAGGUUCUCUACUUGCUCCAAGACGCCGAAUCCUCUGGUCUACGAUCCCAAGUCAUUUGUGCUCAGCAUUAAGGGAGGCCUGUACCUGAAGCUAGAGGCCAUUAACUUCAUGGCCGUUGGUAGUAUUUUAUUGACCGCUUUGCUGGCGCUGGUUGGCUACCUGCUGGUGAAAUGGCGAAAUACCAUGAGAUACUGGCAGGAUCGGGGCAUUCCCUGCGAGGAGCCCCACCUCCUAAUGGGUUCCAUGAGCGGAGUGCGCACUAAGAAAUUGUUUGGUGAGAUCUGGAUGGAUUACUACCAGAAAUUCCGAGGAACUGGCCCCUUCGCCGGCUUCUAUUGGUUCCGGCGACCGGCUGUCUUCGUCCUGGACACCUCCCUGGCCAAGACCAUUCUGAUCAAGGAGUUCAACAAGUUCACGGACCGCGGCUUCUUUCACAACGAAGAGGACGAUCCGCUGUCGGGUCAACUGUUCCUGCUGGAUGGCCAUAAGUGGCGCUCCAUGAGGAACAAGUUGUCAUCCACGUUUACAUCCGGCAAAAUGAAGUACAUGUUCCCCACGGUAGUAAAGGAAUUCACUGACGUCUUUGGCCAAAUGGUGGACAAGGCUCCCCCAGCCAUAGAGGUGCGCGAGCUCUUGGCCAGGUUCACCACGGACGUGAUCGGAACCUGUGCCUUUGGCAUCGAGUGCAGCAGCCUCAAGGAUCCCGAGGCUGAGUUCCGUGUUAUGGGCAAAAGAUCCUUGACCGAGCAGCGCUUGGGAACCCUCGGUAUUAUGUUCGUCAAUAGCUUCCCCAACCUGGCACGUCGCCUGCACAUGAAAAUGACGGCGGAGCCUAUCGAGAAGUUCUUCAUGCGCAUCGUCAGGGAAACGGUGAGCUUCAGGGAGCAGAACAACAUCCGCCGCAACGAUUUCAUGGAUCAGUUGAUCGAUUUGAAAAACAAACCCCUAAUUACCUCCGAAAAGGGAGAGAAUGUUAAUUUGACGAUCGAGCAGAUUGCCGCUCAGGCGUUUGUGUUCUUCUCCGCCGGCUUUGAGACCUCGUCGACCACAAUGGGCUUUGCCCUGUACGAGUUGGCCCAGAAUCAGGAGAUACAGAGCCGAGUGAGGGAGGAGGUCCUUAGGGUAAGUGAAAAAUAUGGCGGCGAGUUGUCCUAUGAAAGCGUCAAGGAGCUGGUCUACGUCGAUCAAGUGAUAUCUGAAACCCUUCGCCUUUAUACCGUGCUUCCUGUCCUUAAUCGCGAGUGUCUUGAGGACUUUGUGGUUCCCGAUAAUCCCAAGUAUGUGAUCAAGAAGGGCAUGCCCAUUCUCAUUCCCGCUGGAGCCAUGCAUCGUGACGAGCGUCUGUACCCCAAUCCAAACACCUUCAAUCCGGACAACUUUUCGCCGGAACGCGUCAAAGAGCGGGAUUCUAUCGAGUGGCUGCCGUUUGGCGAUGGUCCUCGCAACUGCAUUGGCAUGCGCUUUGGCCAAAUGCAGACUCGCAUUGGUUUGGCUCUCCUGAUGAAGGACUUCAAGUUCUCCGUCUGCGAGAAGACCACCAUUCCCAUGAAGUACCACAAGGAGAUGUUCCUCGUAGCCAGCGAGUCUGGAAUCUACCUCAAAGCGGAACGUGUGUGAGCUUAGUCAUUGAUU